UACACGCCAGAGGAAUACCCUCUCUAACACUGAUUUGUUUUGUUUUUAUUUUAUGCACCCGUAUCGAAUAAAUGUUUAAUGCAAAAAAUGCAUUGCUUUAUUUGUUGACAUUGGUUGUCUUAGAUAUUGGAAUACUGGAAACCGGCCGUGCUCUCUUCAGAAUAGUUUUCGUUGUCAUCCUUGAUAUGGAGAAUUUUGCGCAUUUCAUCGGGUUGUUUGUGUCGUAACAUGUCGGCCACGGUCUUGCAAGUCACAUCGUGCAGAGUCUGGAUGUCCAGAUAGUUGGCGGCCUUUAUCAAACCAAAGAGCUCGCCCUGGUUCCUGCUGAUGAAAUUUUGUUGCCAUUGGUGUAUAUCAUUCUCAGUCGAAUCCGACCUAAAAUGGAAUUUUGCCCAAUCUUGCACCAUCCUCAAAGUGUCCGAACUUAUAUUCUGCAACGGCAGAGCGGCAUCCUCAUCAUCCUCCAGGAUGGAGACUUCCAGAAACCUCCUUAUUGUUCCUGAGCAUCUGGUGAUCAUGUCAAAGUCAAAUUUAAAAAUUUGACCAUCAGAGGACUGCAGCUUUACAGUUGGCAUGUUGAGGUUUUUUAGAGGUAGAUUAAUUGAUAAAUGCAAUGUAAUGUUUUAUGUUAUAUUAUAUGGAUCCAGUAGUUUUGUUUUGUUUUGUUGUGACUGAGCGAAAUUGACAGAGAAUAUCGAUCAAUACAGUAUUUGUAGCAUUUCAGAACCUGGUCACACUGGAGAAAAAUGUCGUUGAAAUGUCAGUUUUUGCUAAAUCUGCGACGAUUUCGCCUGGUUACGUUUGAUGUAACCGACACGCUGCUGAGGCUUGAAGAUCCUUUAAAGCAAUACCAAAAGACGGCAGCCGAAUGCGGAGUGACUGGCCUCGACAGACAGCAGCUGGAGCGCUGUUUUCGCCAACAGUUCAAAAUCAUGAGCAACAAAUAUCCAAAUUUUGGUCGCUCUUCACCGAAUCUGGACUGGCAAUCCUGGUGGCUGCAGCUGGUAGCGGGUACGUUUAGCUGCGUGGAUGCCAGCCUACCGGCCGACAAGCUGGCCACGAUUGGACAACAGCUCGUGAGGGUUUUCCGCACCAGCGCCUGUUGGCGGCAUGUCGAGGGAGCAGCCGAAUUGGUCCAGCGUGUCCGUGAUUCUGGCAAAAGCGUGGGCAUCAUAUCCAACUUCGAUCCAUCCCUGCCACAAGUACUCACCGCCAUGGGCUUCGCGGGCAAAUUCGACUUCAUUCUGACCUCCUACGAGGCUGGCGUUAUGAAACCCGAUGCGCGCAUCUUUAAUUUGCCCCUGGAGCGUUUGCAAAUUGCCCCGGACCAGGCCCUGCACAUUGGCAACAAGUACGACAUGGACUAUGCCGGUGCCCGCAAUAGUGGCUGGAGCGGACUGCUGGUGCACCCGAUAGAGGCUGACAAACAAGAGGGAGCCGCCAAACACUCAUACGACAGCCUGGCCACCCUUCUGAAGGCCCUCGAGACCCAAGAGAUUGUCUGGUGACGAUGCACCAAUUAUUCUUUCUUCUCUUUGUUUAAUGCAUAACUUACUGGCUGCUCUUAUGUGUACAAAAAAUAUGAAACGAAACGAAAAAAAUAUACAUACAUACAUACAUAUAUA